UUAACUGUUUAUUUGAGAAUUAUUAUAAACUGAAAUUGUGAAUGAAAUAAGAUGAGCACGUAAAAGAAGUGUUUUUUAAAAAAUAAAGGUGAGAAGACAUGGUGUAAGGUUAUCAAAUCUUAAAUCUAUGGUCGAUUAGUUAAUGCCAUUUAAAUGUACACAUAGCUUGCUUUCAUGGUUUUUAUGUAAGUUACAAUAAUUUUUUUAUGGAAACUAUAUAAAAAAUUACUUAUCUAUUCCUUGUUAUUGUCACAAAAAGGUUUGUAUUAUGGUAUAAAAUAAGCAAAUAAAUAAAUAAAUAAAUAACACUAAGGCUGCGUUUAGCGUGCUAGCUGAAAAAUUAGUUGAUAGCUGAAAGCUAGCUGAUGGUUAAAAUGCUAGUUGCUAACUGAUAAGUUAGCUGUAAAAAAAAGCGUUUGGUAAAAACUAGUUGAUAAGUUAGAUGAAAGAUAUAGAAUUACAUAAAAGGGUAUUUUCCAAAAUAAGUUUUUUAUAAUUAAUUAAGGGUAUAUUUGGAAAGUCUGUAAAAAAGCUUCUGAAAAACUAGUUUUUUGGCUUACCAAACAUGAUAACCUAAAAAAACUCGAAAAAUAAACAAGUUUUUCAGCUAGUUGUGGCACGUCAAACGCAGCCUAAGACUUGCUAUUGUGAGAAGAAAGAAGAGGUGCAAUUUUUGAUACCUAAGAAUCUAAACUUUCUCAUAGACUGAGUCUUGGUGUUGACUGAGUCCCAAUAGUUUUGAAGUAAUAUCAAACAUGCCAAAUUGGGUUUUUUGGACCAAGCCCCUCUUUGGAUUCAGUUAGAACUCACAUCAAACGCAUCUUAACUUCACACAAUAUUUACCACAUGUCCACCACCAUAUCUUCCUUUUUGCUACUUUUAUCUUCCUCUCAUGUUUUUUCUUGCUCGACCAUCAUUCAGAUCCUUAUAUCAUAGCCAACAUAAAGAGACACCAUAUAAAAUUUACUAUUCAGUUUCAAUGGACUUUCUUGUCAUACAAGUCUUUCAUUGUCAGACUAUAAAAUAAGUCGUGGAGCCAAUAAGUUUGAUAUGAGGAUACAAAUAUUGUCGAUAUUCAAAAUAGUAUUUGCUAAGAGUUGCUUUAUAUUUAAAGCCGAAAAUUUGAAUCCCCCGAGUCCUCAUUAAGCUACCAACAUUCAAUUGGAUUUAAUUUUUGAUAAAUAGGAAAAGAAAAUACCCUUAUGAGUUAUGUGGUUAUCUUAUCACAAUGCUAAACAUCGUAGAAUCCCUUUAGUUGGAGAGCUAAAGGGAUAUAAUAACAUAAAACAUGUUUAAAAAUAAAUUUUGUAUAUAUAAAAAUAAAAAACAUAUAUGUUUUUUGGGAUCUUAUAGUAUUCCAACGUCUCUUAUAAUUUCCCAACUGAUCUUCACUUUAACCAACCGAAUGAACUUUAUACAAUAAGUUACAUAGACACCACAUAUUUAUAAUAAAUUGUUAUCUAAUAACGAACUCUUUUAUUUGAUUAUAUAUUCAUAAAUGUUUGAAAGUAUUUAAAAUAUAGAUCAACAAAAAAAGUACAGACGUAAGGAAUGUAGUUAGAGCAUCUACACUAGUGCAAAUUUAACAUCUUGCAAAAAAGAGCGACAUAUGAUUUUGUAGAUUAAAAUAAUAUUAUAAACCUACUUGUAACUUGCAAGUCUUUCAAAUAUUCAAAGAUGAAGUCCUAGGUGGCAAUCUAUAUAUGCUUAGACCAUCUCUAAUGUAUUAAACUUUGUAUAGUUAUAUGGAUUGCCAAGUAGGAAAAAGAAUAUACAUAUUUACUUUAAUUCUUAAAAAAUUCAUAAAUUUUCAAUUACAAUUCCAUUACACCGUUUAAUGAUCAUUCAACUCCACACUCUCUCUCCUCUAUAUUAUAUUCGCAUUUAUUCUAUUAAACUCUUAUACAACUCUCAUUGUGGAUGGCCUUAGUGACAUUGCAAAAUUUCUUUGAAAGGCCCGAUACGUGGAUAGUCUUAGUUUCACUAUGAAUUUUAAAAAUCAUGAUAUCUUUUUAUAACCAAAUAAAAAACCCGAUUAAAAAAAUAAAAAUUACAUUAUUAUAAACUUCUAUCAUUAGUUUUAAAACUUAAAUUUCAAAUGAAACUGACUUAAAUCAUGUUUCUAUUUCAAAUAAUAUUUAUAGCGUAUUUGUAUAUUUAAUUUCUCUUAUAAAAAUCCAAAUACCUUUUCGCGCCUGCACAUCGGCCAUUACCCAUUGCCUAUUACAAAAAAAAAAUGGCGAUCAAUCUUCACGAAGAACGUUAAUGGAGGCACCACAUACCCAAUAUCAUGAUGUAAGCAAAUUAUGAUACAUUAUCAAGUUAAAACAAAAACAUUUUCAAAAUCCCUGGAAAUUUUCCUUCCAAAACCAUACCAAUAUCUCACAGGAAGACGACGUAUCUCUCUCUCUCCCUUUCAUCGUGGAGACCUCAGACCUAUUAACUUACCUUCAAGCAGUCGUUUGUCAAUGAUGAAUGAAUAUCAAUCAAGGGCUUUUGACCAUAUUGCCCUUGAACAUCUUGACUCGUUUAAUAAACCUGUAAAACCUCAGAUUUAUGCUCCUAAAAAUCCACGUGGUGCUGAGUCAUUACCUCCAGGAAUUGUGGUCCCACAAACAGAUUUAUAUUUAAGAAGAUUAUGGGGUGAUCCUGGUGAGGAUAUAAAGAAGAAACCAAAAUACUUGGUGACUUUCACUGUUGGUUGGGAUCAAAGAGAUAACAUUGAUGCUUCAGUAAAAAAGUUUUCAGAUGAUUUCCAAAUCUUGCUUUUUCACUAUGAUGGUCGAACAACAGAAUGGGAUCAGUUUGAGUGGUCAAAGGAUGCAAUUCAUGUCAGUGUAAAAGGACAAACCAAAUGGUGGUAUGCAAAGAGGUUUAUGCAUCCAGAUAUUGUGGCAGCUUAUGAAUAUAUAUUUAUAUGGGAUGAAGAUCUUGGUGUAGAACAUUUUAAUGGGGACAAGUAUAUGGAGUUAGUUAAAAAACAUGGUUUGGAGAUUUCUCAACCUGGGCUUGAACCCAAUGAUGGAUUAACAUGGCAAAUGACAAAAAGAAGAGGUGAUAAAGAAGUUCACAAGGAUACACAAGAAAGACCUGGAUGGUGCAUUGAUCCUCAUUUACCUCCAUGUGCAGCAUUUGUAGAGAUUAUGGCUCCGGUUUUCUCUAGGGAAGCGUGGUGGUGUGUGUGGCAUAUGAUUCAGAAUGAUUUGGUGCAUGGAUGGGGUUUGGAUUUUGCUCUUAGAAGAUGUGUAGAGCCUGCACAUGAGAAAAUUGGUGUGGUAGAUUCACAAUGGAUCGUUCAUCAAGUCAUUCCUACACUUGGAAUUCAGGGUCAAAUUGUGAAUGGGAAAUAUGGAUGGCAAAGGGUAAGAAAUAGGUGCAAAAGAGAGUGGAUCCAAUUCCAUAAUCGGCUUGUGAAGGCAGAUAGAGCUCAUCUUAAGAUGACAAGAGAAAGAUAGAUAAACAUUUUACAAAAAAAAAAGGUUAAUUAAAUAUAUUUUGUAAUUAAUGUAGAUAUAGGCGGCAUUAUGCGAUGUAGUAUUAGGUGAGGAUAGAUGUGCAUAUAUAUAGUUAUGUUUACAAAUACCAAAUCUUAGAUUUAGCAAAAAUGUUGUAUUUUUAUAUGUUAUGCAUUAUUCAUAUAUAUGAAAUGUAUAAUUAUAUGGUUUUUUAGAACAACUGAAUUUUAUUACUAAAUUACAACGAAUUA